CAAUAUCCAACUUUGCCUCUCUCCCUCCUCCUAUCUUUCUUAAGUCAAUAUAUAUCGUAAACCCUAGUGAAGUCCUCACAUCUUAUAUAUAUCUAGAUAGCCAUUUCUUUAGCUCUUCCCAAAACUUGGCAAUGAGAUCUACCAUGAAGUCUAGUAUCCAAUUCAAACUUGAUCACCCUCCGAGGCAAGAGGAGGGAAGCUUAAAAUUUGAACUUCUCCCUUCUCAAGCCGAUCUCUCAUUGGCAAACCAUGGCCUCGAACUCAGCCUAGGCAUCACUAGUUCUACUACUGCUUCAGGCACAACUACAACCAGCAGCAAAGCUACUUGCAAGACAUGGGCGAUCGCCCCGUUACCUGAAACACUACUCCACAAUGGAUUCAUUCAUCCAUGGAGCCUCGCCGCUCGCCAACACAAGGCAGUCUUGGAGCAAUUAGCCUACCAAAAGCACGACCGCACUACGACCAGUUCUCCACCCUCUUCGUCGUCGUCUUCCCUCUUACCAAGGGUUGAUGGAUCAUUGUUGCUUCCGGUUGUCGGUUGGCCGCCGGUAAAAGCUCAUCGAAAGAACAAUGUAGACACUCUAAGCCUGUGGAAGUUUGAUCAUGAGAUGAAAGAAAGCAAAAGUGACCCGAAAAGACUGAAGUUGAAGGAGAUGAAUGACAAGGCUCAAUCAGUGUUUGUGAAAGUGAAGAUGGAAGGAUACAGUGUCGGUCGAAAGGUCAACAUUAAGGCUCACGAUGGCUAUCGAUCGCUUUUGCGUGCCCUCAGUAAAUUGUUUCAUAACUUCCUCUCUGUCAAUUAUUCAAAAAAGUUAGAGGAGCAAAGUGAACAGGAUUUCAGUGAUGACUUCAUUCUUCUCUACGAGGAUAAUGAGGGGGAUCAGAUGCUUGUUGGUGAUAUCCCUUGGGAGUUGUUUAUCACUUCAGUUAAAAAACUUUUUAUUGUUCAAAAUUCAAACAAGGCAGUUCAUGCAGGUGUAUAUCGAACUUUAAAGAUUGCAGUUACAGUAAUGUAUGGAUGACUGCAUAUGCUAAUUGUUGCAGGAGAGCCAAAGGAACCCACUUGAAGCAACUGUUGAUGAUCGUACUGAUCUAUAUGGAGUUUGCAAAGAGGUUUUGAUGAAGACUGAUGGUCGAAAAUCAAUUUGUAUCGUUGGUUAAUCAAUGUUCAAAGUUAUCUGCGCUCCUUGUUCAAUUGCUUGAUCAAAUAAAAUUAUAUAGAAU